AGGCAUUGGCUCGGCUUAUAGCUUGCUCAGCUGGAUGUCUACCGGCUAUGGCGCUGACUCAAUGGCUUGCGCUGCUGUCGAUCUGCCGUGGCUACAAAAUUGGCAUCGUAACGAUGCACGACGAAGCCGUUAUGUCCUACGCAAACAUGACGUCUUUAGCAAAUCAAAGGUACGCUGAUCGACAUGGAUACGGCUUUCACGCCUUGAACCACACCAUUGACACACUGCGGGUUCCACAUUGGACGAAGAUCUAUGCCAUGCUGAUCCAUAUGGCGGACUAUGACUUCGUCUUCUGGAUCGAUGCCGAUGCCAUGUUCUAUGAACAGAGCUUGCGUCUGGAAGAGGUGCUUCAAGUCGACGAACACCCCGAGGCGCAGAUCUGGGCGCAAGAUAUUUGGCCAGACUAUCCUUCGAUUCAUCGCAAAGAACUGAUGGAUGGAGCCACGGUUCUGCUGCGCAACAGCCUGUGGACACGUCAGUUUUUGGUGGAGAUGUAUCACUACCCUCCCUGCUUGGACGUGUUGAAUUUCACGGAGCAGUGGUGCCUUACUCUGGCUUAUGAGGGCGACCUGAUGGGGAUGCGCUCCAAGACUGUGAUCUUGCCCACUCCGCGCAUCAACCACCAUCGGCUUCCAGGACGCUAUGAGAACAGAUCUCUUUUCAUUCUACACCUGGCUGGGCGAUCGACCAAGGCGAGGGCGAGGCACUUUAAGGUCAUCCACGAGCAGGGCGAGCAGAUGUUUCAGGAGCCGCGCUAUGGGUCCUUCUGGGACUUUCACCAGCUCUUUGCGCGCCAUGACUUUGGCAAGUUGGCCAAUAUGCAGCUGUGCCUCUUCGGCAUCGCCGACGGGCACCAGGCCAUGAUGGAAGCCAUG